GUGAGUCCUAGUGACUGCCUUUAUUUUAUCCUUCAAGAUGGCUCUACAGGUCCCCAACCUCCUCCUUGCAGCAGCUGUGGUGCUGAUGGUGAUGAGCAGCCUAGGGACCGAGGGCAGAGACUCCCCAAGGGAUUUCGUGUAUCAGUUCAAGGGCCUGUGCUACUACACCAACGGGACGCAGCGCAUGCGGAGUGUGACCAGAUACAUCUACAACCGGGAGGAGUUCGUGCGCUACGACAGCGACGUGGGCGAGCACAUCGCGGUGACCGAGCUGGGGCGGCCGGACGCCGAGUACUGGAACAGCCAGAAGGAGAUCCUGGAGCGGACGCGGGCCGAGAUAGAGACGGUGUGCAGACACAACUACGAGAAGACGGAGGUCCCCACCUCCCUGCGGCGGCUCGAGCAGCCCAAGGUGAUCGUCUCCCUGUCCAGGACGGAGGUCCUCAACCACCACAACAUGCUGGUCUGCUCGGUGACAGAUUUCUACCCAGCCCAGAUCAAAGUGCGCUGGUUCCGGAACGGCCAGGAGGAGACGGUGGGGGUCGUGUCCACACAGCUUAUUCAGAACGGGGACUGGACCUUCCAGGUCCUGGUCAUGCUGGAGAUGACCCCUCAGCGGGGAGACGUCUACACCUGCCACGUGGAGCAUCCCAGCCUGCAGAGGCCCGUCACUGUGGAGUGGAGGGCGCAGUCUGAGUCUGCCCAGAGCAAGAUGCUGAGCGGCAUCGGGGGCUUCGUGCUGGGGCUGAUCUUCCUGGGGCUGGGCCUUUUCGUCCGUCACAGGAGUCAGAAAGGACCUCGAGGGCCUCCUCCAGCAGGGCUCCUACAGUGAUUCACUAGAGUGUUCUAACUGAGGUGCCUAUUGCAUUAUAAGGCCUGCCUCUCCCUGCCCCCAGUUCCCACCUGUGCCAACCUGUCCAUCUCUGGUUCAGAGUCCAGCAUGGUGCCAGUGUACUCAACAGCUCAGCUCUUGUGAUCCCCAACUCCCCAAGGCUCUGUCUUUGGCUCCUGGACUGAUUCCAGAGACCUUCCAUGUACUGCAGCAUCAUAUACUCAGACACUCAGGCCUUCUGUUUCCACUGUCCCACCCAGGCUGCUGAAAAGACACACUGAAAACAUCUGCCUCCUUUUCAUAAAUAAACAUAUUCUGAAUUA